GGUGACGUGUUUCCGGUGUGGUGUCCCUCCGGUCAGGUCCGUGUCGACGCGCUGUGUCUCUUCGCUCGACAGAUUAAACGUGCGAAGUUUGUGGAUGUAAUAUUGUAAAGUGAUGUGUUGUUGUUGAAGCUGCUCGUCUGAAGCCAUGGCAGCGAUACGAGACGGGGAGUACACGGCGACUAUCUACAAACUGAUCAAAGACGGACACUACGUGGACGCGAUUCACAUCCUGAACGGACAACUUCAAAAACACACCAAGUCCCGAGCAGCUCUGUCCCUGUUGGGCUACUGCUACUAUCACCUGCAGGACUUCAGCAGCGCCGCCGAGAGCUACGAGCAGCUCGCCGUGCUGCACCCGGAGGUGGAGGAGUACAAGGUCCACUACGCCCAGUCGCUCUACAGGGCCGGGGCCUAUCCCGAGGCCACCAAGGCCUCAUUCGUCCUGGACAACCCCAGCAGUCACACCAAGAUGGUCAAGCUACAGGCGUGUAUUAAAUAUUGUGAGGAAGAUUACGCUGCUGCCAAGUCCCUGUUGGAGCAGCUGCCGCAGGACGACCCUGACUACAUCCACAAUCUGGGCUGUUUGUUGUACCAGGAUGGGAAGUACGAGGAGGCCUGCAAGAAGUUCACGUCCGCCGUGCAGGUGCUGGGAUACGUGGCAGCGUUGUCCUACAACAUCGCCCUGUGUCACUACAGCCUGAAGAACUACACUCAGGCCCAUAAAUUCAUCGGAGAGAUCAUCGACCGCGGCAUCAGGGAACAUCCAGAGCUGAGCGUCGGCAUGACGACGGAAGGCAUCGACGUUCACAGUGUGGGCAACACGCUGGUGCUGCACGAGACGGCCCUGAUCGAAGCCUCCAACCUCAAGGCAGCCAUCGAAUACCAGCAGAAGAACCUGAAAGGAGCUCAGGAGGCUCUGACGGACAUGCCCCCCCGAGCAGAGGAGGAGCUGGACCCGGUGACGCUCCACAACCAGGCUCUGGUCAACAUGGACACGAAGCCGUCGGAGGGGUUCGAGAAGUUGGCCUUCCUGCUGCAGCAGCCGUCCUUCCCGCCCGUCACCUUCGGGAACCUGCUGCUGCUCUACUGCAAACACGAGUACUUUGACCUGGCAGCUGACGUCCUGGCAGAAAACGCACAUCUCACCUACAAGUUCCUUUCGCCGUACAUGUACGAGUUCCUCGACGCCCUGUUGACCUGCCAGACGGCACCAGAGGAGGCUUUUAGGAAGUUCGACGAGAUGAACGGAAAACUGACAGAGCAGCUCCGGAAGCUGGCGAAGCAGGACGUCAGGUUGGCUCGAGACGAUGAAGCUCAGAAGAAAGCUCUGGCGGACUACGACGUGAUGCUGGAGAAGUACAUUGUGGUGCUGAUGGCGCAGGCCAAGAUCUACUGGAACCGGGAGAACUUCCAGAUGGUGGAGAAGAUCUUCCGCAAGUCGGUGGAGGUUUGCAACGAGGACGACACGUGGCGGCUGAACGUGGCCCACGUGCUCUUCAUGCAGAACAAGUACAAGGAGGCCAUCGGCUUCUACGAGCCCAUCGUCAAGAAGCAUUACGACAACAUCCUGAACGUCAGUGCCGUGGUUCUGGCCAACCUGUGUGUGUCCUACAUCAUGACCAGCCAGAACGAAGAGGCCGAGGAGCUGAUGAGGAAGAUCGAGAAGGAGGAGGAGCAGAUUUCCUACGACGACCCCGACAAAAAGGUUUUCCACCUCUGCAUCGUCAACCUGGUCAUCGGGACGCUGUACUGCGCCAAGGGAAACUACGAGUUUGGCAUCUCACGUGUCAUCAAGAGUCUGGAGCCGUACAACAAGAAGCUGGGGACGGACACGUGGUUCUACGCCAAGCGCUGUUUCCUCUCUCUGCUGGAAAACAUGUCCAAACACAUGGUCAUGCUGCGGGACACCGUGGUACAGGAGUGUAUCCAGUUCCUGGAGCACUGCGAGGUCUACGGGAAGGACGUCCCCGCCAUCAUCGAGCAGCCACUGGAGGAGAUCCACGCUCACAUCGGCAAGAACACCGUCACCUACGAGGCGCGGCUGCUGAAGGCGCUGUUCUACGACGUCAUUGGCUGGAACAAGUGACGUCAUCAUCACACAGAUGCGGGUGUCGCGUCGGAGGUUUUGCUAACGUGACAUAUUCUGAACCGUUUAGUUCAACAACCGUAUUCAACAAGACGUAGAAACAUGGGGACUCACACGGAGGUCGGGUCCACCUCAUGGAACUAUAUUUAACUCAUAUAUGAACGCAUUAUGGACAAUAUAUUACAUUUUUGUGAAUAAGUUCUUCUGAAUAUUUCACACUGGAGCUUUAACUGAAGUCUUAACCUUCAAAACGUAGUUUUAAGGUGUGAAGACCGGGAAAUCAUACACUCUCACACACUCUCACACACUCCCACACACUCUCACAGCCCAGGGGAAGUUUUGUCAGAAGGUUAAAAUUUCAGAGAACAACAGAUCUUACAAAUAAAAAACAGAAUAAAAUUACAAACACAACAAAGUCUUGUAGCCAGAACUGAUCUGCAUUUAUUAUCAGUAAUAUUUACUGUGCAGAGGAGAAGGAGCUCAACAUAAAAUACAUAAUGUUCGUCUACAUACAUUCAUGAUUCAUAUAUUCGUUGGUGAAGGACCGUCUUCACAUUCUGAAGCUGUUUUGUGUUUUUCUAUUCAGUAGAUAAAUAUAUUUGUGAAAAGCAGAAACAUAAUUUAACGACAAUAAAGAUUUUAUGUUUUGAAGAAA